AUGGCGGACCCCGAUUUCGAUAUCGAUUUCUACGGCGAUACCGAUGGCGAUGCCAACGAACAAUCCCAGCAAGAAGAGCGGCGCCAAAGUGGCGAUAAUAUGCGAGACGACUAUGACUACCAUGGCCAGGACGAGAGACAGCGAGACAAUGAACACGAAGACGAUCGCCGCUACGAUGGCAACCGAAGCGACCACGCUGAAGACUCUUCACAUCAUCACGGCGUCAAGAGAAAGUCAGAGGAGCAAGAGGCCGACGACAGACCCAUCGAUAACGGUGCUACGGCGGCUAUAAUGAUCUCAGAGCUCAGCUGGUGGACCACAGAUGAUGAUAUCCGAGGCUGGCUUCGAAGAGCUGGCUGUGAAAAGGAGAUCAAAGAGCUCACAUUUAGCGAGCACAAGGUUAACGGAAAGAGCAAAGGACAAGCCUAUAUUGAGUUCCAAACUCGCCAAGGAUCCACCUCUGCGAAGCGGUACAUCGACUCUGUUUCAGCAGACAUAGUACAGCCCGGCCAGAAACAGUUAACCGUCUCUUACUGGAAUCCCGGCGUCAAUCCCUUCAGAACGCUACCCAAAGAUGCACCAACCCGCGUCAAAGAGCAGCCUCGGGCCGCCCCCUCUGGAUCCUACAAUGAUCGCGGUAACUACGGAGGUUUCCGUGGCCGAGGUGGCAUGGGCGGACAUCGAGGCGGCAUGAACCCUGGUUUCAACCGCAACUACGGCGGAAACAUGGGCUACAACAAUAACAACAUGGGAGGCGGUGGUUUCAACGGCCCAAUGGGCGGCGGCGGCGGCGGCGGAGGUGGUUCUAACUAUCUUUUCAGUGGCCGAGGUGGUCCUACAGGCAUGAUGAGAGGCGGCCAUUCUGUAAUGCGUGGGAGAGGCGGCGGCGGCGGCGGCGGUAUGAUGGGUAUGAAUCCAAUGGGAGGUAUGGGUAUGGGAAUGCCCGGCAACAUGGGUAUGGGCAUGAUGCAAGAGCCGCGAGAAGAGAACCCUCUCGUCCAGGCGGCGGGCUCAGGCCAAGCGGCGAAUGCGAGUGCAACUACGUCCUCAGCGGCGCAGCUACAGCAAAGCUACCACUAUCCUUCUCAAGCUGCUAGCCAGCCACAGAUCCUAUCAGGCCGGCGCUGUCCUGUUCAUGGGACACAGACCCCUCGCUGCUUGAUUUGUGAUAUCGAGUUCUGGCGCGUCCAAUGCCUCAUCAGUGGCUAUGACAUUGGCCGCAUUCCACCUCCGCCACUCCCCAUCGAUCCAACACCACUCCACCAACCCAGCGCAUCUUCUAUUGCACAAUCUCAAUUUCCCACUAGAAACGCUGCUAAUUCACAAAUAGGUUUCCAGGGCAUGCCUCCUAACUUCCCAGGUGGAUUCGGCUUUGGACAGCAGCAAGGAGGUGGCGGCGGCGGCGGCGGUGGAGGCAACAGUGGUGACUGGGGCAACCCUCAUGGAGCAAAGCGACCACGUCCCGAGUAA